AUGCAAUUAAAAUGUGCAGAAUAUCUAAAAGAAGCUGUAUUUAUUUAUUCAAAUAUAGGUUAACACAAAUAUAGAAUAAAUUCGAUAUUCAUUUAUGUCGAAAGCAUGUAAAUAGAUUGCAUAAUUACUACCUUUUCAAUCAAUGUGGCAUCUAUUGCUUAAAUAAGAAAAUCUCUUUUUUUAUAUGUUGAUGCUCUAAUCAAUGUUUGGUUAAAAUAUCAAAAUGCUCUUAGAACUAAUAAUUGAGAGAUUUGCACCAAUUACAUAAUUUUAGAUUUAAUUCUUAAAUGCUUGUACAUUAGUGUUUUCAUAAGAUACUUAUAUGUUGUCAGAUAUAAUCAAAAGUCAUCUUCCAAACAUAUAUAAAGAAUGUAUAACUUAACUACAGUUUUUUAUCAAACAAAUUCCUAAAAAUGAUUCUAAAGAAGGUUAGUCAGUUGCAGAAUAAAUAGCUUAGGCUUACAAAACUAUUUUGGGAAAUAUUCAUGAUUAAUAAGUUACUAUCGAACUCUAUACAAGUCUACAGCAAAUUGUUCACAAAUGGCCUUUGAUACACGAUAUAAAUCCAUUAAUUUUUCAUGAGGUUGAAGAAAUUAUUGCAAUGAGAACUCCUAGAAAUGUAGAGAUCUAAUUCUAUGAAGAACCAACUGAAUGUGAUAGCCCAUCUAAAUCAAAUUCAAUUAGAAAAGAAAAUUAGAUAGUAGUUGAGUUAUAAAGAUGGCUAAGUAAAAUGAAUUAUCCUAUUCCAAUAAUAUCCAAAAGAAUAGCCAACAGUGUUAUUAAUUCUUAAAAUAUGUUUAAAUUAAAAGAAAACAUUGAGAUUAUGCUCUCAUUUAUAUAUUGUCCCUUAAAAUAUGAACCUGCAAAUUGUGUAUAAUAUUAGACUAUCAUAGUGGAUGAAAAUUGAUUUUAAUUAAAAAAUCAGUUUAAAAGAUAUUCCAAAUCUAAAAGAUUGUUAUUCCUUACAAGCCCCUGCUCAUAUUUAUCAUAUCAGAUCAAUUAGAUCAUUAUAGAGUUUAACAGAUGAGGAGAAUCACUAAAUUAUUGCAAAAGUAAACCCAGCAUAUUUAUAAAUUGCUUGUAUUUUUAUUUUAUUAAUUUUAGUUUCCUAUUUGGCUGAAUGUAUCAAUGAAGAUCACUUAAAGAAUUGUAAUUUUAAUCAUUUAACUCAACUACUUAUAUUUUAUUUAGAAAAAGAAUAAGAUAUUUCAAUAUACUUCUGUCUACAUUAUAAUAUUCCUUAUGCAUUUUUACAUUACAUAAAUUAUGAAUAAUCAUCUACAUUUCUCAUCAAUCUCUUUUUAUAAAUAAAUAUUCUUGGUAAUUAUGUAACAGAACAUUAAAAAAAAUUGUACGAUUAAGUAUGGACAUAUUUUAAUGCUGCUAAAUUGUUUGAGGAUAUUAUAAAUUUAUUAUUUAAUCCUAAAAAUAAAUAGGAUUUAUUAAUUAAAUGUACAUCAAAUUUUAGAAAUAAUAAUAUGAUUGAAGUAUUCACAUUACAUCCAGAUUUUUAAUUAAAAGAAAAAGUGUAUUAGUAAAAUGAAAAUAAUUUUAAUUUUACAGUUGAAGAAAAGAUUCAUUUAAAAUGUGAUAUAGAUUAAAUUAAAAAAUUUGUUUAAAAGAAAACAAUAAAAUAAUUGUCAUUUUUUAAUAAAGUUUCAAAUAAGAUUUUACCCUCAUUUAAUGAAAAACCAGCUUCGAUGAUGGAUGUCAUUAGAGUAGCAAUUUAGAAUGCAGAAAUCAUAAAUGAACCACAUAAAAAAAGAUAAUAAAGAAAUACAAGAGAAAGGCUUAUUGUUUUAAGAAGUGCAUCAGUAAUGUUUGAUUUAGAUGAAUAAGAUUCUUAAAAAGAUCCAUUUGUUCCUUAUAGCUAUAAUCCUAAUCCUUUAGAAUUAAGAGUUGAAACUAAAGAGAGUAAUACGAAAUAUGAUUAAAAAUCUGUUUCAUUUAAUAGAGAUAGUCAAAAAUAAAAUAAUAAGAAACACUCAAGAAAUUUGUCAUUUUAAUUGUAUCCUUUGUCUUUGAAAGAUGUCACACUUGGAAAAUGGGAUCAUGAAUAAAAAUAAGAUCAAUUUCAAAUAGAGAAGUAUUUAAUAUAUAAUAUAAUUUAAUAGUUUAAUAAAAGAUGAACCAUUUUGUUAUAAUCUACUAUAAUUUUUAUCAAUUAUUAUAUAGCAAUUAAUAUUAGGAGAUCAUAAAUUGAUUUCAAAAACUCAUUUUAUGAAUAAUAGAUAAUAGUUGUUAGGAAUCAUAUUGCUUGAUGAAAAUAGUAAAGUCUUUGAUAAUCUAAUGAAAGUAAUAUUAAUUAUUAACAUCAGAUAUACUUAUUUAAAAUUAAAUUAACACCAUAUGUAAAAGAAAAUAGCGCUGUCUUAUGUGGUUAGUUAGUAAAUUUAAUUAUAAAGAAAAAGCCUGAAUACAUGAAUUUUUAGGACAACGCAUAAACUUAUAUUGAUUAUUUAUGUAAAGUUAUUAUCAACUCUAUAUAAUGGAAGACUUCAACAACUUAAGUUAUUGAAUUGGAUAUAAGUAAAACUCUAUUAUGUGAGACACUAUAUUUAUUGAUUGAAUAUGGUAUAAGCAGAGGAUAGAUCUAAUUACUAAAUAGGAUAACUGCUACAACUUGGAGUUGCUUAAUUGAAAUAUGUAAAUAAUGUUUCCCUAUUCGACCUAAUCAAACAUUUUAAGGGAUAUUUAUUAAAUUACUGAAAUUAAAUUUGGAAUUUGGAUCAGAAUUUAAUAUUCACACAAUAUUUAUGAAGUUGAAUUUAUUAAGUGUAAUUAAAUAAUUGGCAGAAUUAACAUAAUAAAAUUCAGUGUAAAAUAAGAAAUUUAAUUAUUUAAAUGAAUUUAUAAAGUAAAUUUGCAAUUUAAUAUCUAAUCUAAUUGGUAAAUAAUCAACUAAAGAAUGUUUUAAAGUUAUUUAAAAUCUUGAUUCAUGGAAUUAACUUAAAUAGUAAUAUAAAAUUACUAAUCAUAAUCAUGCAAAUAGUUUUUAUAGUGUAGAUUCGAGAAUAAUUAAUAAUUCAACUCCAGCAACAAGUUAAAGCUUUACAAAAAUCAGAAUUCGAAAAUCUGCUCAUUCAUAAGCAUCAAAAGAAUGA